AACAAAGUUUUUUGUGGAUCAAACUUAUUGAUUCUUUUGGCAACGACGUUUACUAGUAAUGUUUUGUACUUGGGAUUCUUACCACUUUUUCAACUUUUAUGAAUUAAAGCUUUGAGGCCUAACCGUGAAAUUUGAGAUGAGGUGGAGUAAUUUAGUCAAUGCUGGAUGUAAUGCUAAUGCGGAUAGCAAAAUUUCCGUUUCAUUGUGAAAUAUGUUGAUGAGUAAUCUGAGUUCAGAAUCUUUAGAGGCUGAUGAUAGGUGUAUAAAAACCAUAAAUUUUAUGUGAACUUUUUUUUGCAUCCUAGAAAUACAUGAAUAUAUGCAUAGUAUUGCUGCCAUGUUGAUUUUCUUUUCAAUAAGGUUUAUUUAUUUAUUUUUUAUUUAUUUAUUUUUAUUUUUUAUAAUUAUGGUCUCAAUGAACAUCUUCAUAUGUAGUCACUGGAAAAAAAAUCUUAGAAUCUCUAAAUAUCUCAACAUUUUCUUUAACAGGGAUGCAUAUGGGUUUGCAGUGAGACCUCAGCACUUGCAAAGAUACCGUGAAUAUGCUAAUAUCUACAAGGAGGAAGAGGAGGAGAGGUCAGAUAGGUGGAAUGACUUUUUGGAAAGGCAAGCUGAGUCUGCUCAGUUGCACGUGGACAAGUUACCUGAAAAUAAUUUAAAGUUGAAUAUUGAAUCAACCAAGUUCAAAGCUGAUUCUAGUGUUGAGAACAAUGAUGAAGCUGAUGAUUCUACUUGUAAGAAGCCUAAUUCUGACAGUUCAUCUGAAGAAAAGAAAGAGGUGCAAUCUGGACCAGAGAUAAAAGUUCAUCGAGUUCAAUUAUGGAUGGAGAUCAGACCAUCUCUUCGUGUUAUAGAGGAUAUAAUGAGUGCUCGUGUGAAAAAGAAGGUUAACUCGAUAAAAAAUGAGGUGGACUCUGGAACUGGAAAACAUCUUCCUACAAUUGAUGAAACUAGACCCAGCAAAGGAGCACCUGAAGAGGACUCCGAUGAAGAAUUUUAUGAUUUGGAGAGGUCAGAAUCAGAUCCCAAUCUAGACAUCUCUUCAACUGACAGUAUCAGUGUCCCAGCCAUGGGUGCUGCUGGUGAUUCAGCUAAUCCAGAUUUUCAGCCUCCUUGGAAGGAAGAAUUGGAAUGCCUUGUUCAUGGGGGAGUCCCAAUGGCUUUAAGGGGAGAGCUUUGGCAAGCUUUUGUGGGUGUGAGAAUACGCCGGGUGGAAAAAUAUUACCAAGAAUUGCUUGCUCCAGAUGCAGUUUCUGGUAACAACUUGGAAAGUAGAUCAACGGAAUUGGAUGACAACGGUCACAAGUCAAAUUCAGAUGUAACUGAGAAAUGGAAAGGACAGAUUGAGAAGGAUUUGCCUCGUACAUUUCCUGGCCAUCCUGCUUUGGAUGAGGAUGGAAGAAAUGCUUUGAGGCGUUUACUUACAGCUUAUGCUAGGCAUAAUCCCUCCGUUGGCUACUGCCAGGCUAUGAAUUUCUUUGCUGGCUUAUUACUGCUUCUGAUGCCAGAGGAAAAUGCAUUUUGGACUUUAACGGGCAUUAUAGAUGACUAUUUUGAUGGCUACUAUUCAGAAGAAAUGUUAGAAUCUCAGGUUGAUCAACUUGUUCUUGAGGAGUUGGUGCGUGAAAAAUUUCCAAAAUUGGUAAACCAUCUGGAUUACCUGGGAGUACAGGUGGCAUGGGUGACCGGGCCGUGGUUCCUCUCGGUAUUUGUGAAUAUGCUUCCUUGGGAAAGUGUUCUUAGAGUCUGGGAUGUGCUUCUCUAUGAAGGGAAUCGUGUUAUGCUAUUCCGUACAGCACUUGCUUUAAUGGAGUCAUAUGGACCUGCAUUGGUUACAACCAAGGAUGCUGGAGAUGCAGUCACGCUGCUGCAAUCACUAGCUGGCUCGACAUUUGAUAGCAGUCAACUUGUCUUGACUGCUUGCAUGGGUUACCAAAAUGUUCAUGAAACACAAUUACAAGAACUCAGAAAUAAACAACGACCAGCUGUCAGAGCUGCACUUGAAGAAAGAUUGAAGGGAGUACGAGUUUGGAAGGACACGAAGGGUCUAGCUUCAAGGCUUUAUAGUUACAAACAUGAUCCUGAUUCCAUUAUGGUAGGAACUGAUAAAACAGAAGAAUUGGCUGCUAAGACAAAUGGUGACACAGCCUACCUAGAUAUGAGCUUGAAUGGGGAUGUGGAGAUAGAUUCUUCUAAAGAUCUUCAAGAGCAGGUGGUGUGGCUGAAGGUUGAGUUGUGCAAGUUACUGGAGGAAAAACGAUCAGCUGAGCUCAGAGCUGAAGAACUUGAAACAGCAUUAAUGGAGAUGGUUAAGCAGGAUAACCGGCGGCAAUUGAGUGCAACGGUUGAGCAAUUAGAGCGAGAGGUCACAAAGCUACAACGAACCCUUGCUGAUAAGCAGGAACAAGAAAAUGCCAUGCUUCAGAUUUUGAUGAGGGUCGAACAAGAACAGAGGGUGACAGAGGAUGCUCGCAGAUUUGCUGAGAAAGAUGCUGCUGCUCAAAGAUAUGCUGUUCAAGUGCUUCAGUCACCACGCACAGGAGAAAUAUGAAGAAGCUACUACUGCCCUGGCUGAGAUGGAAAAGAGGGUGGUCAUGGCAGAAUCUAUGUUGGAGGCUACCUUGCAGUCCCAGUCUGGGCAAAACAAAGGACAACCAUCCCCACGAUCAACACAGCAAGAUUCUUCUCCAGUUCGAAGUAGUCAUGAUUCACAGGACACGUCAUUAAGGAAGAUUAGUUUGCUACCUAGACCAUUUGGGCUAGGAUGGCGUGACAGGAACAAGGGGAAGCCCAAUGCUGUCGAGGAAGCAAACAGCAGCAAAUCUUUGAAUGACGGACAGAUUUUAAGCACCCAACCUGAAGAAAAAUCUUCGAGGGAGGGACAGAGUCCAAGCACACAGCAGGAAGAGAGCAACGAUAAUCAAGCAGAGCAGAAGGUUGAAAAGGCAAAUGAUUCAUAAUUUUGACUUGGUGGUUUCCCUCGUUUGCUAGGUAAUGCCUAAAUCAUCACUGGAGUUCCUUCUGGAAGUAAUACAGAAAUAUUCUUUCCCCCUUUUCUAUUGUUCAUAUAUCUUUCUUUUCCUUCUCUAUGCUUCCGCCCUUCACAGAACCAAUGUAAAACUGAGUCCAUUUAUUGUUUGUCUCGUUCAUUCAUUGACAAUAAUAGUUUGGGGAGCAACAAGUGUAAGAGGAAGAAACAUGAGUUUUAGGUUAGCCAAACUGUAUAAUCUUUGUUACUACAUCGUUGUAAUGUAUAACUGUUGUUGGAAAGAAAUUAUCAUUCUGAAAAAUUUAAAAGCAGUACCGAAUUGAACCGUCCAA